AUCUACUCUCAUAAAGAUUUAGCGCUGGAUUCGUUUAUAGAUCUAGGACUAAACCAGGAUUAAAUUAGGCAUGGUUCAAUUGUGAUUUUAUUAGGAGCAUCACAACAAGACUUCCUCCUUGUCCCCGUAACCUACUGCUCUAGACAGAACUAACAAUGUCUUUGACUAGAAGAACUGCCUCUAGUCGGACCACCAGCAGCGGCAGCAGCAGGAUGAGCUCAGACGGAGGGGGGCGUCCCGUGAAGGUGGGGUCUUUGGUGGAAGUGAUCGGGAAGGGCCAGCGUGGGACAGUGGCCUACAUCGGCACCACCUCCUUUGCUUCGGGUAAAUGGGUUGGGGUCAUUCUGGACGAGCCCAAAGGGAAGAACGAUGGAACUGUGCAGGGCAAGAGGUACUUCACCUGUGACGAGAACCAGGGGAUUUUCGUCAGACAGUCUCAGAUUCAGCUCGUUGACGAUGGAGCUGACACCACUUCACCAGAAACUCCUGAACCUGGAGUUGGAAAAGUUCCCAAACGAGAAAUCAUGGACACAUCCAAGUCCAGCAAAGUGACCGCGACCCGAAAGCCGAAGCAGCCCAGUCGUCCCGCGGGCUCCAUGGGUAAAGGUGCCGCGUCGGGUUCGGCCUCUGCGUCUGCGGGGGAGAUGAGCAGCAGCGAGGCCAGUACACCCGCCCAAACGCCCCUGGCUGCACCUGUCAUCCCCACCCUCCACUCCCCCGGGAACCCCCCAGCACCUGCCCCCAGCAAGGAGGAGGUCGUCAUGGAAACGCAGGAGGAAGAGGCAUUGCGAGUUCAGGUGAAGGACCUUGAGGAGAAGUUGGAGACUCUGAAAAUGAAGCGCACCGAGGACAAGGCCAAACUGAAGGAGCUCGAAAAACACAAGAUUCAACUGGAACAGCUGCAGGAGUGGAGGAGCAAGAUGCAAGAACAACAGGCCGAGCUCCAGAAGCAACUCAAGGAGGCCAAGAAAGAGGCUAAGGAAGCGCAGGAGGCAAAGGAGCGUUACAUGGAGGAGAUGUCGGACACGGCGGACGCGAUCGAGAUGGCGACUCUGGACAAAGAGAUGGCAGAGGAGAGGGCGGAGUCUCUGCAGCUGGAGGUGGACUCGCUCAAAGAGAGGGUGGAGGAGCUCACCAUGGACCUGGAGAUACUCAAACACGAGAUUGAGGAGAAGGGUUCAGAUGGCGCUGCCUCGAGUUAUCAUGUCAAACAGCUGGAGGAGCAGAACGGGAGACUCAAGGAGGCUCUGGUCAGGAUGCGUGACUUGUCAGCGUCAGAGAAACAGGAGCAUGUGAAGUUGCAGAAACAGAUGGAGAAGAAGAACGUGGAGUUGGACGCUCUGAGAGGACAGAAGGAGAAACUACAGGAGGAGGUGGCAGUGGCCGAGAAAACCAUCGACGAGCUGAAGGAGCAGGUCGAUGCGUCUUUGGGAGCAGAGGAAAUGGUGGAGACUUUAACUGAGAGAAACUUGGAUUUGGAGGAAAAAGUGAGAGAGCUCAGAGAGACAGUCACUGAUCUGGAAGCCAUAAACGAGAUGAACGAUGAGCUGCAGGAGAAUGCCAGAGAGACAGAGCUGGAGCUGAGGGAGAUGUUGGACCUCGGUGCAGCGCGAGUGCGAGAGGCGGAGAAACGUGUGGAGGCGGCUCAGGAGACAGUGGCUGACUAUCAACAAACCAUUCAGAAAUACAGGGAGCUCACUGCACAUCUACAGGAGGUGAACCGUGAUCUGACCAGUCAACAGGAAGCGACCGCAGAGCAGCAGCAGCAGCCUCCAGCCGAGAUGUUCGAUUUCAAGAUUAAAUUUGCCGAGACAAAAGCCUACGCCAAGGCCAUAGAGAUGGAGCUGAGGCAGAUGGAGGUGUCUCAGGCAAACAGACACGUGUCUUUACUGACGGCGUUUAUGCCGGAGUCGUUCCUGCGUCAUGGAGGAGACCACGACUGCAUCCUGGUGUUGCUGCUCAUCCCCAGGCUCAUCUGCAAGGCAGAACUGAUCAGCAAACAGGCCAGAGAGAAGUUUGACUUGAAUGAAAACUGCGCUGAGCGGACUGGCCUGAAGGGGGCAGCAGGGGAGCAGCUGAGCUUUGCUGGAGGCCUGGUCUACUCCCUCAGUCUCCUCCAGGCAACACUUCACAAAUAUGAACAGGCUUUGUCCGGGUGCAGUGUGGAGAUCUAUAAGAAGAUUGGCUCCCUGUAUCCAGAGAUGAGUGUGCACGAGCGAUCUCUGGACUUCCUCAUUGACCUCCUGCACAAAGACCAACUGGAUGAGACUGUAAACGUGGAGCCUCUCACUAAAGCUAUAAAGUACUAUCAGCAACUGUACAGCAUCCAUCUGGCAGACCAACCUGAAGAUUGUACUAUGCAGCUGGCAGAUCACAUUAGAUUCACCCAGAGUGCGUUGGACUGCAUGGCGGUGGAAGUGGCUCGUCUGCGUUCCUUCCUUCACGCGGGACAGGAGAAGACCGACCUCGCCGUGCUUCUCAAAGACCUCGGGACAUCCUGCUCCGACAUCAGACAGUUCUGUAAAAAGAUCCGACGCAGAAUGCCUGGUACGGACGCCCCCGGCAUCCCAGCAGCACUCAGCUUUGGACCACAGGUUUCGGACACUCUGUCAGACUGUAGAAAGCACCUGACGUGGGUGGUGGCGGUGCUCCAGGAGGUGGCAGCAGCCGGGGCCCAGAUGGUGUCUCCCCUGGGGGAACAGGAGGGACUGUCUGCUGCUAAACUGGAGGACGUGGCUUUUAAGGCCGGAGAACAGGUCUAUGGAGCUCAAGGGGCCAACCCACACGAGUAUCUGCGUCAGUCCUGCGGCACCGUCAUUGCUACCAUGAACAAAAUGGCCACCGCGAUGCAGGAGGGCGAGUACGACUCUGAGAAACCCCAGAACAAGAAUCCUCCUCCCGUGGACCUCAGAGCCGCUGCGCUCAGAGCUGAGAUCACAGACGCAGAAGGACUCGGGAUGAAGCUGGAGGACAGAGAGACCGUCAUCAAAGAGCUCAAGAAGUCCCUCAAAAUCAAGGGAGAGGAGCUGAGCGAGGCCAGUGUGCGCCUGAGUCUCCUGGAGAAGAAACUGGACAGUUCGUCUAAAGAUGCAGAUGAACGAGUGGAGAAGAUCCAGAUGAGACUGGACGAGGCUCAGACUCUGCUCAAGAAGAAAGAAAAGGACUUUGAGGAGACGAUGGACGCUCUCCAGGCCGAUAUCGACCAACUGGAGGCAGAGAAAGCCGAGCUGAAGCAGAGAGUGAGCAGUCAGUCCAAGACCACGGUGGAGGGGGUCAGAGGAGGAGCCCCGUCGGGAAUCUCCUCUAUCGUCACAGGAGGCUCUGGAGAAGAACAAAAAGUCACUACAAUGUCAAGUCUGGGCCCGGUUUCAGGCCUCCAGGUCAUAGACUCUCCUCUGCUCACGCAACAAAUCCAAGUCCAAAGACUCUGCAUCAAACGACUCAAGAACGAGAACAACCGCCUCAAGGCUGAGAGGAUGCGGGCCCAGUUGGCGUCUCUGCCUCCUCUGCAUGUGACUAAACUGCCCUCCAAAGGCUCCCCUGAAGUGAUCUCUAGCGCCCUCUACCGAAAAACAGACCAACUGCUGGAGACUCUGCUGCAGAUGAGCGCCAAUGUUAAAGUGGUGGACGUCACUGGGAAAUCUCCUGUGACCCCUAGUGCUCAGCUGUUGGAGCAGACGGCGCGGCUCCAGUCUCUCUCUGACACUUUGGACAGACUCAAGGAUGAAGUGGCAGAGCAUGUAGUGAACCAACAGCCCGGAGCUCGGGUCUCAUCGGACUUUGCCACGUUUCCAUCUGCCCCAUUUGUCAAGGCAAAGGAGGAGAAGCUCAGUGAUGCGGUUUUGGUGGGACGUGUGAUGGUCCCAUGUCCCAGAGGUCAGGAGCAGGUGCACCGACUUGUCCUGUCCCCAAACCAGCUCCACAGGGUCCAUAGUCUGCUCCAAACCACAUAAAAACUGGACAAAAAUCUGACAAAAUCCCGCUGACGUCCUGCUCCUGCCAAUGUUCUAAUGCCCAAACCCUCGUAAAAGGCCUGUACCCAUGUAUUUGACCUCAUUUUGUCUUGCCCCAGUACAGAUAUAUUGUAUAAGCAGCUCUUGAGUUCAAAAUAAAUCUACUGUCUGCAUCUAAUUAUAAAAGGUUUUACUGCCACGAACAUCGGGAAGUGCGCAGUUAGCAUGCUAGUUGUUGUUAGCUUUACCAUAACAGCGAAACUGUGCUCUAGUCUCUGAAGUUGUGAAAAGCGCUUAUAAACUCAUUGUGGUGAAUAAUUAAGAUGCUCGUAAUGCAUAUGGUAAAUGAGGAAUGAACUAUUAAACUCUUUUUUACUUUGUGAAAAUCAGGUACAGCGCCUUUAAUUAGGUACUGCCAAGAUCCUUUAAAAACGCUAAAGAACUCCAUUGGUUGACGAUCCCUCCAUUUGUGCAAUAUGUAGUUUAAAAGGUAAAAGGAAGAGAAUUGGUCCGUUGUUUACACUUUGAGAGUUCUGAAGCUUGUGUGGUUAAACUAAUGGUACAACUGUCCUAUGUACCGAUACUUUUGAGCAGUUAAAAAGGGAAAGUAAUUAUGUGAUUUUAGAUUUUUUAGUUAUUACGUCUGGGGCAUUUUAUUGUACUUUUGUUACUUUUUGCACAAGUGAUGGGUUGAAACUGCACAAAACUGUCUUGCAACUUGAAAUAUGACAUCGUAUUGGAAUAACUCUUACAUUGAAACUGAAUAACUUUUUUUUAAACCUUUUUUUUUUUUUAUACACCAAUCAGCAACAACUGUAUGAGUACUCACAAGACAAGUGGGUAUCUCUUCAUUGUCUUACAUAUAUAAUAUACAUUUUCUUUUAAUAGGUGUAGCAAAGGUAGAAGGUCCUUUAAGGUCAGAGCAUCUACAGUUCUUAUGGGAGUUUGUAAUAUCUGGCAGACGUGAUCACAUAGACACAGUAUUUUAGCUUAAAUUGAGUCCGUUAAAUUAAUUGACCCCAUUCUACAAGUAAUUAUAGAUUCUUUGAGUGUCCAUAUAUGUUUUUACUUGUUUAAUUUUAAAGACAGAUUAUAUUUGGGGAAAAUAAACAAAAUUAAGACUCACUUCCCCUAGAACAAGUUUAUAAUUUGAAUGGUGCAGAAGAUAAGCUGUCAUAAUGUUAUUGCUGUUUGGUAUUUUAAAGUACUUUAUAAUGCUGAAAAAUGUUAUUAAUUUAAAAUGGCUGACUACUGGAGCAUUAUUUAUUGCAGUAUUUAUAGUGGUGUUAAGCCCUUUAAUUUAAUGCUGUUACGAAAAGUGUAGUUUGUAUGUUGUUUGUAAAAAUAAUAUAAAUGUGUGGGUCUGUCCAUGCCUUAAUGCAGAAAGCGUUUCAUUUCAACAUUAAACCUAAUUUGCCAAAGAACAUUUUACUAUGUUUUUAUCAUCAAAAUGAAAUUUUGAUUCAAUUUGUUGCAUCAAGUUUACAUUAUUUUACUGGUUGCUAUAAAUGACGGUUGCUAAGGGAAACUAGACAUUUUUAUUUUCUUGUAGCCUGCCCAGCUCUGUGUGGCUUUCAGCUCUUGCACAACAACUAAUAAAGGCAUUUAAAGCA